AUGACACUGGCGAAGACCUUCAGAACCCCCUCCAGCCGCUCCUCGCCCAUCUCGCCCCGAGGUGCCCAGCACUGGGCACAGCACUCCAGAUGUGCCUCCCCAAGGCCGCCUGAAGGGAGGAUCCCCUCCCUCGCCCUGCCGGCCACGCUGCUCAGAGGCUUCUCCCGGGAGCCUCCGCUGCCCUUCCCCGCCCGGCCGGUCCCCGGAGCCGGGAGCGGGGCCGGGAUCGGGCGGGAGGCGGGGGCGGCGGAGGAGGAGGGGCCGGAAGGGGAUGUGACCGCCCGCCCGCCGGCCCGGGGGUUCCGGGAUCUCCCUCGCCGCCUCCGCCGCCCCCCGCCAGUCCCGCAGCCCCGGGCUACCCGCGGCCCCUCGCCCCGCUCCGCCCGCCCGGCCCCGCUGCCGCCGCCGCCCGGGGAUGCGGCCGGCGCGGUGCCCCCCGGCUGCCCCGGCCCGGCUGCUGGGCAGGAACCGGCCUCCCGGAGCUCCACGGCCUCGCAGCCCCGCGCCCGGCUCCGCCUGAGGCAGCGGGCACGGGGCGCCGGCCCGGCCGCCCCAGCGCUGCUCCGACGCCGCCAUGGCCCCGCCGCGCCCCCCGGCCCCGAGGUAGCGGCGCUGGAAGGAGCCGAAGCCCGGUGA